GGCGAGUACCUGAUGAUCGCGGAGCCCAUUCCAAGCGCCAGGAACCCUAACCCUAAUUGUAAACCUCUCCCCCUUUUCUCUUUGUCAUGGCGUCUGGCAGCAAGCUCAAGGCGCUCAUCGAUGCUGCUGACGAUCUUCUCGCCGAUCCCGCGGCAGCGUCCUCGGAUCUACUCCGCGAAUCGAUCAAUCAGCUCAAGAAGAAUGUGGAGAAAUUGGAUGUUUUGUCGCAGAGAGAUCCAGAUCUGCCUGCUCGACAGAAAAUUCAGAACAUGAGUGCCGAGGUCGUGGGAAGUAAUCCUUACAGCAGGUUGAUGGCUCUCAAACGCAUGGGAAUAGUGAAUAACUAUGAGAAAAUUCGGGAAUUUUCAGUAGCGAUUGUGGGUGUUGGAGGAGUUGGAAGUGUUGCAGCGGAGAUGCUCACUAGAUGUGGAAUAGGCCGCCUCCUUCUCUAUGACUACGACACUGUGGAACUCGCCAACAUGAAUCGUCUUUUCUUCCGUCCUGAGCAAGCAGGCCUAUCGAAAACGGAUGCUGCCGUGCAAACCUUGACCAGCAUCAAUCCGGAUGUUGUUUUGGAGGGGUAUAAGCUCAACAUUACGACAGUGGAAGGAUUCGGGAGCUUUAUGGAGAGUCUUGCACGACCUUUCAAGGAGAAAUCGAGUGCUUCUCCGAGUGGAGUUGAUCUCGUUCUUAGUUGUGUGGACAACUACGAAGCACGUAUGGUAGUAAAUCAGGCCUGCAACGAGCUUGGGCAAACUUGGAUAGAGUCAGGAGUUUCUGAGGAUGCUGUCUCUGGUCAUAUACAGCUUUUGAUUCCUGGCGAAACAGCCUGUUUUGCUUGUGCACCCCCGCUGGUAAGACUCUCCAGAUUUUCUAUUCCUUGCAUUCAUGCGUGGCUUCAGGUGGUCGCAUCUGGAAUUGAUGAGCGAACGCUUAAACGUGAGGGAGUCUGUGCUGCUUCCUUGCCAACCACGAUGGGAAUUGUUGCGGGUUUACUGGUCCAAAGUACGCUCAAAUAUCUGUUGGAGUUUGGACAAGUGUCGAGAUACCUGGGCUAUAGCGCACUCAAGGAUUUCUUUCCAACGAUGGAAAUGAAGCCCAAUACCCAGUGCACAAAUGCUGCCUGUGUGGAGCGUCAGCAUGAAUACGUGAAAAAGAAGCCCGAGAGAGACGCUCUUGCGAGAGCCAAAGCCGAGGCGGAUCGAGCCGUACAGGAUGUUGCACCCCUUCACGAGGACAACGAGUGGAACAUCACCGUAAUGGACGACGACGACGACGACAAAGACGUGUUUUUGGAUGCUCAAACGACGCCGAAUUCGCAGAUUCUUCCCGAGGGAUUUCUGCGAGAGCUCCCAGACGCGGACGAUGCGUUUCGCAAACUUGAUGAGGCAUUUGUUGGUGGAGCCGCAGCUCAAGAUAACGAUCUAGAAGAGUUAGAGCGGCAGCUCCAGGCUCUAAACUCGGAUUAGCUUUAGCUUAAAUGCGAUGCCUUUGGCCUAACCAAACCCCCCCAACGUUCCAAAAUUUGAAAGGCGACAGGAGUAAAAUUUGAAAAUUUAACCCAGGCGAA